CCGGGGGCUCGCGCUGUGCGAGCACGAGAUGGGAAGGCGCGAAUUGAGCAGCAGGCAUAAGCAGUCCCAUGAAAGAGGGUGAACCGUAAACACUGGGUUUACUGUCUGGUUUCUACGUCUGGGAAGGGCCCCGUUGACCUGAGAGAGCACCACGUCUGGCAAUGCCAACAGCUGCCCCAUUGGCCAACCCUCAUUCAUGCAGUUCUGAUAUACAGUAAAAGCAGUGAUUAACCAUGGAUCCCCAACAUCGUCCGAGCGUCGAAAGCGGUGCCCAAGGCGGUUCCCGGGCUGGUUCGGGUUAUCUAUCUGAUGACUCGGAUGCUUUUAUCGCAGAGAUAACAAAGAGAGCAGGGAAGGCAGAGAGGAAAUAUUGGGAGAUGCCUCAGCCGCUGCGAACAUUUCUCCCAAUCCAUCCCGAAAAUGACCCAUACGGGUCCAAGAGGAACGCGCAACGCAUCCUGCAAUCGCGGUUGCCCGCCGAGGUUGGCGGCUGGAUUCGCUCCGUCGAGGGAUCCUAUGUAUGUCGCUGCGUCCCCGGUCUUCUUGUCUUUCUUGUCUUUCUUGCCUUUCUUACCUUUCUUGCCCCGGAAGCUUAUGUGAUCCAUCAGGGAACCGGUUUCAGAUGGUUGUGGGCUCCCAUGACGCUGGGCCACCCGCAUCACGAAGCCCUGUUCGACGCCUCGCCGUUCAAGAAGGGCAUGUACCUCCACGACGCAACGGGCCAGUGGCGGCCCGCCCGCCUCGAUCGGAGCCUCGUCCCGUCGUGCCCCGUCGUCGUACCCAAGAGCGCCUGUCGCUUCGUGCUCCCCUUCUACGAUCCGUGCUCGACAUUCGCGACCAGGCUGGCACAGCGGGAUCUCAAUCCCACACUCGUCAUCGACGAAGACGCCCACGCCGCGGCACUGAUCUACCUGUGCGGCGUGGUCCGGCUCGGAGACAAGCAAUGCCAGCGCUGCCAGAAACGGCGGAUCGGGACGACGACACCGCGCGACCCCAUCCCCGUGUGUGUCAGUGCGGCGCCUUACUUCCAUGGCAUCUGCGCGAACUGCUUCGCCAAGGGGGGCACGCUGCAGGAGAGGUUGAACCGUUGCAGUCUGUCGAAGAAAGUGGAGAAGACGGAACAAGCGAAGCUGAACCGUCUGGAAGGACCCGGGAUGCUGGGAGGAUCUUCCCCACCGAUUGUUGGUGGGACCAUCGAAGAGGUGGCGUUUGCGGAGAACCUCCUUUAGAAGAAGGGCGUACCACGUAGGAAUGGCGGUCUCCCAAACACACCACCAGUAGGCCGCGCGCCGAGACCGAGCGGCCCUAGUUCCGGGUGAAAUGAACGAACACAGGUUACAAGAGCAGGUAGGAGAAGC